AUGGGAGUAGGUCAAUCCACAGAGUAUGCGGGCCAUGCGUCUACACCAGAGGGCCUGAGCUACAUGCUUGCCGAACGCUUCGCAACCAAAUGUUUCACUCCGUUGGAAUUAACCCACUUCAAAGACAACUUCUUCUCCCGUGCGACUGAUCAGGGUGGCAUGAAGUAUUGGAAUGAGAAGACUCUCUCUGAUUUCCUGGGGAUUCCGGAUAGCAGUGACUCUCAAUGUCCCCUCGAUGCGGGCCCUGUCAUCUUCCGCAUGGUGUCAUAUCUAGGGGCAUUUCCUUUCCAGAAUACCCUUGCCCCAAGUGUUCUGACAUUUGAAGCCAUGGUAAAAGUGGCUGUCUUGUUGACUGAACGAUAUGGGAAGGUCUUGAGGCGAGGGCGCAAAGACCGCAUCAAACUACUAUUUGGAAGUCUUGCCGAUGUUGGAAGGAAAGAUGUAGGGGAGUCGAGAUCUUCAGAAGACCAAGUUAAAAACGACAACAAUACUCCUGCAACUACCAAUUCCCAUGCUGCUGGCUUCUCGAUUGAUGAGCCGGCUAAUGAUGACUACGAAGAUGAUGAUGAUGACCUCGCACUUGUCGCCUUGGAGUCUCUGGAUGCCAUUGAAGUUUUCAAACAUGACCAUCGCAUUGAUAAAACAGUUUACGAGGCUAGGAUUUCUAUCAAAACUUUCCGUCGACUUCUGAUGCUGUUAGUUGUUAUCUCGCCAUUAAAGCCACUUGAAUCCGUCGAGACAUAUACUUCUGACCUGAGCACGGAACGUAUGGAGAUGGUUCGAAAAGAAGUAGACAGCAUUUUGGAUGCUUUCAGUCCAGAAGAAGCAGCUGGUGGGAUUAGCUACAAAUCGUUUUCCCAAACUGUAUCCGGCUCCCUUCCUUAUCUUUUCGACCCUUUAACGCCAUUAUUUGAGCACCUACUCUUCAGCAAAAAUCUCAAUCUCUCCCAGAGGCGAAACACGACCGAUUCUACUUCCACAGAGCCUGUCGAAACCCCACCAGAAGCACCCUCGCCGCCACCUGCUUCAAUUAUGCUCCCCGGAAGCUUUGAAUCUUCGAUUCUGGACUCGAGCGUUAUUUCUCAUCUUUCCUUUUUCCUCCCUUCUACGACCCACAACUUGAACUUCCUCCGCAGUGGUGUGCAACUGCACCCAGUUUUCUCAGCAGCAGCACAUGGUUCAUCACUUACAUCUUUCUCCCAUCAUGUUCUUACCUGGCAAUCGGCUACGCUGUUUUUGCUUCAGGGUUCUGUGGCUGGCUCAUCCAACGAGGGGGAGAACAUGAUAACUCUUGGGGCAUACCUACCCCACCCUUGGAAAUCUUCUUCUUCAGCCCAUACCUCCUCCAAACCUCCCGAUUCAUCCCUUCUUCCAUGCCUUUUCCAGCUUUCUCCCAAGCACGUGCUCUUGCAGGGUAACGCAUCCUCAUCAGCCAACCAACCCAAUACACCCGCUGCAUACUUUUCUACGCAUUCCGGUAUAGCAAUUGGCUGCAAGAUACCCCCUUCAUCGCGGACACAGCACUCCACCCCCACACCACACGGAGCUGGUAGCCUCAUUAUCGAUCCUAGCCUCGAAUCUGCAGAGUUUAGCGUUUCCCCAGUGGGUCAUAAUGGCGUUUUCCUCCCUCCAGAACCCGCUUCACCUGAGCAAGGCACCAAAAAAAUCCAUAUUGAUAUCUACAACCUUGAGAUCUGGGGGGUAAUCCCUAAUCCUGUGGAAUCUGCCACUUCUGACAAGGUUCAGAGUGCCGUGGAAUUGCAACAGUUGAAGUGGGAUUUUGAAGCUCGGGAGGCGGAGCGAAGAAGAAACGUAAAUCUGAAUGCUGGCGCAGGGGAUUCCGCACUUGAAAGUGCAAGAUGGCUGUUGGAGACGGCUGGACUGGUUGGCAGUGGUAAUGGUGGCCCUGGACGAAGCGGAGGGAGUGUUGGAUGA